AUGAGACUGCCUAGACCCUUGCGCGAGAGCGGCGGGUGGCGGGCGUGGAGCGGCGGUGGUGGGGUGCGGGUCGUGGUGGUGGUGGCGGCGGUGACAGCGGCGGUGUGGUGUGGUGGGCUGCUGGGUGGCGUUGCCGGCAAGAAGGGAAUAUCUCUGGUGGGCGGCGAAACCCUCCUGCUCUCAGACCUGGGUGAGUGGGCCACGGGGCUACGUGAGUGGGACUCGUGGCUACGUGAGUGGGCCACGUGGCUACGUGUGGUGGGUGUGGUGCACCGCGUAACGCUCUCCACCUUACAAGCUUGUGAGCGAACCGCGGGCGUCGCCUUCCCGCGAACCAGCCUAACCCCACACCUGCCCACCGCUGAAGAAGAGCUGGUAGAGGCAGCUGAAGAGCAGCUGCUGAGUCAUGAAGCACCUACAGCAGCUGCCAUCACACCUGCUCCACCUGUUGCACCUGGCGCAGAAGCACCUGUAGUUGAUGCACCUGCUUCCAGUGGAGCAUCUAAGAAGACGCCACCAACUGAAAAACCUGAUGAAAUUGUGGCUGCUGAUCGAAACAAAGAAGCGGAGAUGGAAAUAAAUUCGGCAAUUACGGCUGAACAGCUGGCACCGUCUUUGAGAUCAGAUGGUAAUGAAAGCUGGACUAUUCCACCAGCUGUGGACGUUGGUACGCCAUCUUUAGUCGCAGAAAGAACUUGUUUGGAUUUCGAAGAAGAAUUGCUGUUGGUGCGCGAAGCUUUACGAAGGGCGAAACAAGCGCGGGGUGUUGAUGAGAGGGAGAAGAAGGAGCGCAAGCAGAUGGAGAAAACGAUGCGCAAGCUCCAGCUGGAGCAGAAGGCAAGACUCCAGAAGGAGCAAGAGCUUGCCCUCGAACAGAGAAGACAGGAAUUUGAAGCGAAUAGAGAAAAAUUCGAGAAAAUUCUCAGCGAAAAUGCUGCAUCUGCUGAGGAAAUUUCAACGCAGUCUACAGUCCCUACUACUGUUCCGUCUACAAGUCAGUCUGAUGUUACUGGAGAUUCUACCUCUAGCUCUACCGCUGUCCCUGCGCCUUCUAAGGAUGGGUCGCAAACUGGGCCCGUGACAUCUGACUUGCCAAACCUGAAUUGUACAUCAGCUCAUGCUACUGCACAUACCACAUUGCCAGCUACUGCAUCUACGACACCGAAUGUAUCUACUGCCACAUCGCCGGCCACUGCAUCGAUGACAUCUACAUCUACUCUUCCGACAUCUGCGCCUACAGCGCCUACACCUACUUUACUAACUCCUACAGCGCCUCCAUCGAAACCUCAGCGAAGUGCGCUCAGUCUGGCAGAGCACGUGGCUCUCCUCAGGGAGCGGGGAGGCAGCCAGCAACCCCAACCUCAUGGAGAGAAGCAAUCCCAUGGGGCGGAGGAAAAGCAACCCAAACCCCGUGAGGCGGAGGAAAAGCAACCCCAACCCCGUGAGGCGGGAGAAAAGCUAUCCCGUGAGGCGGAGAAGCAACCCUUUGAGGCGGAGAAACAACCCCGUGAGGCGGAGAAGCAACCCCCUCGUGAGGCGGGAGAAAAGCCAUCCCGUGAGGCGGGGGUGAAGCAAUCCCCGGCAAGCAAGCGGGGGAAGUUCGGGGAGAAGUGGCAUGUGGUGGAAGAGGCAGACGAGGCAGUAGGGGAGGCGGCGGCGCUGAGAGCGCGCAUCAUGCGUCAAAUGGAGCGCAUAAAUGAGGAAAUGCGACGACGCGAUGCCAUCCUCACACCCGCUGAUGACGGGACCAAGUCUGCUGAUAAGAAAUGUAUAUCAACCGACAAGACUGAUACCUUAUCACGUGGAGUAGAUAAGAGUUUGGGAUCUACCGCUGGAGCGACCACGGCGAUAGGGGAAACAGAUGGCGGAGGUCAGGCAAUAGGUGCUGCUGGUAUAGCACCUGGUUCUGGUAUAGCACCUGGUGCUGGCAUAGCACCUGGUGCUGAUAAAGCACCUGCUGCGUCUCUAACAGCUGCACAGCUGCGUAAACUGGAACAAAAACGUAAGCUGGAAGAAGAGAAACGUAAGCUGGAACGUCGCAUCCAAGAACAAGUUGUUCUGAAACAACAACAGCUCGUGCAACUACGCAUGCGGAAGCAGCAGCAACAACAACAGCAGCUGCUAAAUAGCAGCAAGAAGCGCCAGCUGCAGCAGCAACUUGCUGCUAUUGACGCGAAGAAAAGUAAGAAAUGAUGACAUGAUCUCUGGACACGCGGGUCGAAUACAGAUUCUUCUCAUUUUGAUAGUUGAUAUCAUUUAGCGAUUGUGAUAUAUUGAAAUUGUUCGUGGCAUUUGAGACGGGGGAUUCUGUAUAAUAACUGACAUAAAAUAAUAGAUUAAAAUGAAAAGUCAUGUAAAAGUGAAUACGUAUUAAUCUCCCAAUAUUUUCGCUUUAUAAACGGUCAGUUCAUUGAACUAUACGUUAUUAGCGCGAUGAUAUAAUUUUAUUGUUGAAAUAUGUAUAAAAACAGUGGAACUUGCAAGUGUAACCUUGGGGAUCGAUUAGAAUUUCAUUAUGUAAUAAUUCUACUCAAUUAAACUUGACGAAAAAAUUGAAUUGAAAUUUUAAA